UGUCCCUGUUAGUUUUCGGACGCUAAAAAAAAGACGAAAAAAACCGACGGCGGAGUUAGAAGUCAACAGUUUUUUUCGUCAUGUGUCAGGCGGAGGAGCGUUUAAUACGUUUAAUACGCUGCCCAGCCGGAGCGGAGUCCAGGACAGUGGAAUGAGAGGACCGCGAAAAGUUAUUUAUUCCGUUGACACUUCCAGCCAAGGAUGCUUUGGUUAUUUCCGAGUUUACUCGUUUGGUGUCAUGGCUAUACAUCAGCGCUUACAGUGGAAAGCAGAACCCUGUUAACAUAUGAGGAGUCUUACUACGAAUAUGUGCCAGAUCGAUUGCCAUGGCACAGCGCAGAACGCCUAUGUAACCAGCGCUCAGGGGCCUUAGCCACGGUCUCCAGCGCCUUGGAGAACCAAGAGCUGAGCCGCUUCUUGAAGUCCUUGAACAUCUCCCACCCUGUUUGGAUUACCAGGAAAGUCAUGACACAUUUGAAAAAUCCCAUGGAGACCCUGAUUCUGGAGUUUGUAGGGCGUUCGCACCAGAAGAACGCACGCCUCCUGCACAAAUUUCCGUCCAUGAUGUCUGUGACCGUUUGCACCCGUCUCCGUGUCGAUCCGAGCUGCUUUGGAUUUUCCACCAUUUUCUCUUAUUCCAUCCAGUCAUACAUUAAUGAGUUCCAGCUCCGUGCAAGUUUGAUCCAAGGCAGGCCCGUGCAGCUUGCUCUGCUGGUCCACGGUACUCAUGAGCCCUACCACGAGGCCUUCAGCCAUGAUGGCUCCUGGCACUCGGUCUGUGUCUCUUGGAGCCAAAAUGGAGGACGCUGGACACUGUUUACUGAUGGCUUGCCGGUUGGCAGGGGCAGCGGCUUGCACAGUGGCCAAAGCAUUGGCCCUGAUGGUUUGUUUAUCAUUGGGCAGGAGCAGGACACCUUUGGGGGCUCGUUCAAGAAAGACGAGUCCUUUUGGGGAAGCUUGACGCAGCUGCACAUUUGGGACCGGGUGCUAAACAACAGUGAAAUCCACACUAUGGAAAAGGAUUGCUCACCCAUUUCCUCCGGGCUGGUGUUCAAGUGGAGCAGCACAGCUUUGGAAGUAGAGUCCACGCUGACAAGGCAGUUGGGAGACACCCCUUGUCAAGGUAUAUUUCCCUUGCAGCUCAGGGAUACAGGUACAAGCUUCCUGUCCUAUCACAACUUCUCCCGGGAGGUGGUCCAUGCUCUCCAGGCUGAGUGGUGUGUCACCUUUGACCCUGUUAAUGGGAGCUGGGGUCAGGACAAGUGUGAUUCAUCCAAAGGGGCGGUCUGCCAGUUUCAGAAAGAAGCAAUGGAUGUCUUCAGCUUCCCCAAAACAACAUUCUUCAGCAGACUGAGCAAGGAUCCCUUGGUCAAACCUGUGAUGGACACAAUGAGAGCUAAUGCCUCCUUGUACAGAGACCUGUCCUCUGUGGAACACCUGACAGAAGCUGUCCUACGCAUCAUGGAGACUGGGGGCCCAGACCUCCUCACCCCCAGCGACGUCCUUUACCUUUCCCAGGAAAUGGUCCCAGACAUGGCAGGGGCUAAUGCAGCAGAGGUCAUGGUUUCUAUAGCUUCCACUUACCUGAAGCUGGCUAGUUUGAUGCUAGAGCCCGACAAGGUCACCCAGUGGAUGGGGCUCACGGAAGAUGGGGUCAGUGUGGGGCCAUACACCAUUGUGAGGAGCAUUGACAGACUCACUGAAGCUCUUGCAGAUGUGCUGUCUGCUGAAGGGAGAGGUUUCACUCUCUCCACCAAGAACCUAGAUGUGCACAUGGAAUGGCAGAGACUGUCUCAGGCAAGCUGCCGCCAUGUCUUCAAGCCAUCAACACUUGGCACACACACUGCCAGCAGCAGCCAAGACGAGUUGCUCAUCACUGAUUUUGAGCUCCAGAGACUACACACACUCGGAUAUGAGAAGGUGAUGUUCAUCCAUACCUACUACAGCCGUUUGAAUGAGAUCCUGUCGGGAACAGAGCAGGAAACAUCCUCAAAGAACCAGAACAACAUGGAAGGUCUUAUAGGUCAUCUGACCACUGCUGUCAUCUCAGCUGCUGUGCGAGACCCCUCUAAGGCUCAAACCAUCCCUGUGACGGUCCAGUACACCCUCUCCUCUUCACAUGUGGCGGAGUAUUCACAGAGCGUAACGCCUGUUUGUGUCUUCUGGAAUUUCAGCCUGAUGCAGAGUAAUGCCAAUUCCUGGUCCAGUGAGGGCUGUAGGGUGACACAUGCAGGCUCGGAUGUCACAUCCUGUCUUUGUGACCACACUACUAACUUCGCUGUGCUGAUGAAUUAUCUGGAGUCCAAGUGGAGCCCAGAAGAGGAGGUUAUUCUGACCAAGCUGACGUUUAUCGGUUCGGGAGCCUCUCUCUGCGCUCUGUUGGUGACGCUGAUGCUGUUCACCGUGCUGGACAUACCCAAAUCCGACCGGACAUCCAUCCAUAAGAACCUGUUCAUCGCUCUCAUCUGUGCCCAGGUGGUUCUACUCUGCAGUGGCUCAGCCAUCCACAAUAAGGUGGCCUGCACACUAGUUGCAGCCCUACUACAUCUCUUCUUCAUGGCGGCCUUCAGCUGGAUGCUGGUGGAGGGCCUUCUGCUGUGGAGCAAAGUGGUCACCGUCAACCUCAGUGAAGACCAACACAUGAAGUACUACUAUCUCAUUGGCUGGGGUCUGCCGGUGCUGAUUGUGACCAUCACGUUGGCUUCAGCCUCAGGAAAGUACUCGGCUGAUGGCCACUGUUGGCUCAGUGUUCAGAAUGGCGUCAUCUGGGGCUUUGCCGGGCCAGUCAUCUUCAUCAUCACGGUGAAUAUCAUGGUUCUCGCCAGGGUGGUGGUCAUCACCAUCUCCACAGCCAGGAGGAGGUCCAUCAUGCUGGCCUUGGGCGCCAGUCCCAUGGAACAGGCCUACGAGCAGUUCAGGGCUGCUGUGAAAGCUGUAUUAGUACUCCUACCCAUUCUUGGGCUGACCUGGAUCUGCGGGGUCCUGGUACCCCUCUCCAUCAUCAUGGCCUACAUCUUCAUCCUCCUCAACUCCCUGCAGGGCCUGUUCAUCUUCCUGAUAUAUGGGGUGUACAACACAGAGGUUCGAAGCACAGUCAACAGGAUCAAGGAGAGGAGAAAAGCUCUUAAUUUCUCAAACUGUGCCAGUUCCAGACCUUCCAGCUCAGUUGCCAGCUCUCGCCCUGCCAGUUCCCCACUACCCGGCCCCAUCGGUCCCCACACACCAAGCCAAGGGGAGGAGGCGAUCCCCCUGCCCACCCCCACCUACACCCAACCCCACACUAUGGCUGUGGACAGGGGAGAGAAGGUGGGGGAGUGUGCUGAGGGUCAGCUGUCUAUUCCUUGUGCUCCAGAGAGACAAGAAAAUCGCCGGAGCCACACUACAAAUGGCAUCCAGCAUAGAAAGGAAUCUCCUUCUUCAAAGACGGAUGGCUCGCCGGCUGGCUGUAGUCUCCACGUGCCCAUGGAGCUGGAGUUUACCACUUCCUGUUUCCCUCGAAGCCCCGCCCACCAGAAACGUUCCGGCCUGGUCUGCAUAGACUGACCUGACCUUUGUAACCCUGACUGUGGUUUGCUUUUAUUACCAUUAUUAUCUUUAGAAUUCACUUGAUGAAAAAUGGCUGAUUCAGUUUGGGGUUUGUUUUGUUGUUUUUCUCCUUCUGAUAAUAUCUGUUGUUGUUUUUGCUCAUCUCUCUGAUACCGCUUUGUAGCAGCACGUGGACGUUUCUCGAGUUUGUAUUGUCAGGGGUGCAUGGACAGCAGUUCAUGUACUGUCACUGGUGGUUGCUUGUGAUGCUCGUAAGCCAGGAUUCACAGCUUAUUUUAAUGUUGCACCUUUUCUUGUGCAAGGUUUUUCCCCUGCUUUUUUUUCUCCUGUUUCUUGUUUCUACUUCUUCUGUUCAUUCUUUCCUGUGUUGUUCCUCUGUUCGUGUGUCAUGGCCGCGCUUGCCGUAUAUGUGCUUGUAAAAUUAAAGCAAUUUAAUAACGUGUGUGUGGGUAGUCGGUCGGCUUGCUGCUCUAGAAAAGGAGAAAUACCAUCCAGCACGCUUCCCUUGUGUGUUUCUCUCCCAUCGUGUCUUAUAAAAUAGUUCCUUUAGGUCACGUCUGGACCCGCACACAUAACCAAGUAGGGCUGGCUUCAAUUAAUUGUUUUCCCAAUUCGAAUCGAUCUUUAUCAUAAUGAUCUGAUUAUUGAUUCAUUUAAUCCCUGAAUCGAUCUUUUGAUGGUUCCCACCCAUUUAUACCAAGUCCAGUUGCACUUGAUUCAACUCCUUUGGAUUCCCCCCCAUUGAUGUGUGAAAUGGAAAUAACAGACCGGAAACUGUUUUGGGGUCAAUUCUUAAUGUAAACAUUAAUAUUUUUGAUAAUGCCCCAGGUUAGAGGGUUCCUUGUACAGUUUACAGCAUUAGCUAUUUCAUAUCCAAUCAAAAUUGGUAUUAUAGCUGAAAUACCCUUAACUGAAUUGGUAUUGAAUCACAAAUCAAAUCAGUUUGGGAAAUCAGUGGCGAUACCAGCCCUGUAACCAAGCAUUUUUGCACAGACGAGCCAAGUAUGCAAUUCAAAAUCCCACCAUUUAUUGUAUGGAGCUGAAUUUGGCGGCACCAGAAAACAAACAAACAUACAAACAAAAAAUAAGUUAUUUCAGGAGUUUCCUUUUAAAAGGAAAUUAAACGUGCCAGCUCUUUUGUAACUGACACCAAAGUAGAACUGUUAAUAUUUUCAAUAUUUAAGUUACUCCCUAUUGCAUGU